CUUCUCGCUUUGCACCCCGUUCUGCUUUGACAUCAGCUGUUCUGCCUACACACAUCAGUUGCAUCUUCUAGAAGGGGACAGCCAGGCUCAGAGAUCUGUGGCGUGAUGUUUGUCUUAUUAAUUAUCGCGGGCCUCGGAGUGGUGACGCUUCUGGUGAUUUUAUUCGCCCCACAUAUACGAAGAUAUGCAGCAGGAGCGGUGUGCAAAUCCACGGCACGUCUGGAUGGGAAGACGGUGCUCAUCACCGGGGCCAACACAGGGAUCGGCAAGGAGACGGCCCUGGACCUGGCAGUGCGAGGCGCUCGGGUGAUAAUGGCGUGUCGAGACGUGGAAAAGGGCGAGGAGGCCGCCGCCAGUAUACGAGCCGCGUACUCGGAAGCCAAAGUGGAAGUGCGAGAGCUGGAUUUGGCAGACACCUGCUCCAUACGAGCGUUCGCUCAGAAAUUCCUGAGAGAGGUCAACCAUCUUCAUAUACUCAUCAACAAUGCCGGAGUGAUGAUGUGUCCCUACACGAAAACCAUCGACGGCUUCGAGAUGCACAUCGGAGUCAAUCAUUUAGGUCACUUCCUGCUGACGUACCUCCUGAUCGGACUGCUGAAGCGCAGCGCGCCGGCCCGCGUCGUGGUGGUCUCUUCGCUGGCACACAACUUCGGUUGGAUCCGUUUCCACGACCUUCACAGCCAGGGCAGCUACAACAGCGGACUAGCAUACUGCCAGAGCAAACUGGCAAAUGUGCUGUUUGCCAGAGAACUGGCCCGCAGGCUAAAAGGCACCAAUGUGAUGGUGAACUCGGUCCACCCGGGCACGGUGAACUCCGACCUGACCCGACACUCGACCCUCAUGAUGAUACUGUUCACCGUCUUCUCCGUGUUCCUGAAGACGCCGCUGGAAGGAGCACAGACCAGCGUGUACUGCGCUGUGGCUGAGGAGCUCCACUCUGUGUCUGGGAAACACUUCAGCGACUGCGCCCCCGCCUUCGUCGCUCCUCAGGGGAGAAGUGAGGAGACAGCCAGCAAACUGUGGGACGUCAGCUGCGAGCUUCUGGGCAUCGACUGGGACUGAGUCCUCCUCUUCGCAACGCUCACACAUUUCUCAGGCUUCCUCGGAGUCCCUCACACUUCUGUUCUCUUUAUUUUUUAUUUCAAUGUUCUGUACUCGAAAGCUUUUCUUUCCGGUACGUUCUAUAGGAAGUAAAACAAAGUGAAGGUCUUUUUUUUUUUUUUGGUGAAAUAAGAUGCAGUAACGUUGGGUGUCUUGGUGCUCUGCUGCAGCUCAUUAGACCAGAACCAGUCUACUGGAUCGACGGUUCAUAUUUUAGGACUCUAUUUUCGUAACACAAUGGCAAGAAAAGAAAAAAAAAAGAAAACAAACUUGAUCUUUUUUAAUGAUGUUGCCGUACAAUUAGCUGUCAAUGCAGGGUAAAGAGACCAGCAUCUUUUUCAUUCUCAUGGAAUUUCAUGUUCAUGUCUUAGGAAUUUACAGUUAAAUAGUUCAACUCUUGUGCCAACUUUCUUAAAAAAAAAAAGAAAUGCCAAAAGCAGGGAUUAUAUUCUACCGUUUAUUAGCGUGAGCCAUAAAUGUAUUGUUUUCUUCUUUAUUUUAAGAGAUGAGAACUUUUUUCCCUUUUCUAGUGUCCCGAUUGGCACGUUUCCGCAGAUUUAACGAUCUCCCAAAUUAACGUUUUCGUUCACGUUCGUAGUUGCCGAGAGUUUACAUUCUCUGUUUUUUACAAGUCAAAACAUGCCUUUUACGAAACUGACAUUCAUAGUAAGAGUUGAAUGUUUACAUUUUAUGUAAAUAAACAGAAACAUUACAACGAG